AUGGUUUCUGAAAUUUCAUGGCAACUAUUAAAACAAGCCACUAUACUUGGUUUAGCACCAGUAUUAUGUAAUGAAGUUGAUCUACUUGAUUUAAGUAGACAAACAAACAAAAUAUCUGAUAAAAAAAUUAUUAUCAAUGUUAGUGGUGUACAUUUUGAAUUAACUGAAUCACUUGUUCAACGUUAUCCAUCAACAUUGCUUGGUUCUGUUGAACGUGAAUAUUUUUAUGAUAAUAUAAAUAAUGAGUAUUUUUUUGAUCGAGAUCCAGAAUUAUUUCGUUAUAUAUUAACAUAUUAUCAACAUGGUAAAUUACAUUUUCCAAAGAAUAUAUGUAUAUCAGCAUUUGAAAAUGAAUUAAAAUAUUUUUCUAUUUUAUCUGACAAUUUAUCAGAUUGUUGUUAUGAAAGUUUUAUUGAUCAUUCAAAAGAUAUAGAACAACGUUUAGAAGAUGAUAAAAAAACAUUUGCACAAUAUAAAUCAUUAACUGUAAAUAAUAAUGUAAAAUUUCGUGAAAAAUUAUGGACAAUGUUUGAAAAUCCUGAAGAAAAUAGUGCAGCUUAUAUGAUUUAUUAUACAACUGGAUUUUUUAUAAUUAUUUCUGUCUUAUCUAAUAUGGCAGAGACUAUACCAUACACUGAUGGUAAAUUAAAAGAUGUUUUUCCUUUACGAACCUAUGGUGAUAAAUAUGCAAAUAUAUUUUUCUGUAUAGAUACUGCUUGUGUAUUAAUAUUCACUAUUGAAUACAUUUCUCGAUUAUAUGCUUCACCAUCACGUUGUAAGUAUAUGAGAUCCGUUAUGGCUAUAAUUGAUUUAACUGCUGUUUUACCAUAUUAUAUAAGUUUAAUUGUACCAGCUGGAUUACAAUUCUCAGGAUCAUUAGUUACACUACGUGUAUUUCGAGUAUUUCGUAUAUUUAAAUUUUCACGACAUAGUCAAGGAUUACGUAUAUUAGGAUAUACAUUGAAAUCAUGCGCUGAAGAAUUAGGAUUUCUUUUGUUUAGUUUAACAUUGGUUGUGAUAAUAUUUGCUACUGUUAUAUAUUACAUUGAAAAAUUUGAUGAAAAUUCAUCAUUCUAUAGUAUCCCUGAUGCUUCAUGGUAUACUAUUGUCACUAUGACAACAUUGGGAUAUGGUGAUAUGAUACCAUCUACGGUAUUGGGUAAAAUAAUUGGCAGUAUUUGUUCUUUAUGCGGUGUAUUAGUUAUAGCUUUACCAGUACCAGUAAUUGUAUCAAAUUUCUCACGAAUCUAUCAAAGAAAACAAAGAGCAAAUAAACAAGCUAUGCGACAAUCUUUACGUGUUGCAAAUGAACUUUCAAGAACAAGUCAGCCUGUAUACAAUCAAACCAGAAUGUCAAAAGCAAAUAUUUCAACACAUAUGAGAUUAAAACCUUUAUCAUCCAAAUCAAACUAUCGAAUAUCACAUAACUUUAUAGAACAUGGAUCUACAACACAAACAACUCUGAGAGCAUUAGCCAACUGGUCUAGAAGACGAACAAGACUGAGAUCUUAA